CAGUUCCACAUAAAUACUUGCAGUAUUGCGCCUCGGCGGUUGGUCUCGUCGCCCGCGUUGGCUUAGAAGUGACGCGUUUCUUCCCUUGGGCUCAUAGCUUGAGUCCAUAAAUACGCAAGCAGUCACACAAUAGCUUAGGACUCCCCCCAGAAGCGUACUUACCCCGUCCUCCUGACGAACCUGCACGUCAAGUUGGCAGGCUGCGAUAUCACUGCGUUCAAGGCUUGGGAGUACCAGUUUCUGGUUGAGACAUCACUUGAGAAUGCCAUCGAUUCUUCGGAUAGUGGGAGGCCUGGUCCUCCUCGGGAUCCUGCAUGUUGCCGGCGCCUUCAUCUAUCAGAUCAUUUACUAUCGCUUCUUCCACCCGCUCUCCAAGUAUCCCGGGCCGUUCUGGGGCUCGGUAACUCGCUUAUGGAUCACCUAUCACAAUAUCAAGGGCGACGAGCCUCAGACCUUCCAGGCCCUGCACCGCAAAUAUGGCCCCAUCAUCCGCAUCACGCCCGUGAUGCUGCUGGUCAGCGACGCGACCAAGCUGCCUCUGGUCUACAGCCGCAACGCCAACAAGUCCCAGCACUACAUCACGGGCAGUUUCGGCAAGACCGAGUCGCUCUUCAACAUGCAGGACUCCAAGACCCACUCGCACUUCCGCAAGAUCGCCGCCGCGCCGUACAGCUUCACCAACAUCAAGAAGAUGGAGCCGCUCAUCGACGCUCGCAUCACCGAGUGGAUGGACCGCCUCGAGGAGCUGUUCAUCAAGCGCGAGCCCGGCGCCACGUUCGACUUUGCCCCCUGGGCGGUCUACAUGGCGUACGACGUCAUCUCCGAGGUUGGUUUUGGCGAGCCGUUCGGCUUCAUCCAGCAGGGGAAGGACGUCGGUGGGCUUAUUCAGGGCUUCCACGACGGCCUGACGCCCUUCGGCAUCAUGGCUAGGCUGUACCCUAUGACGAACUGGAUCAAGAGUACUUUCCUGGGCAAAUACUUUGUCGCAACGCCAGAGCAGGAUUCCGGAAUUGGAACCUUGAUGCGCUUCCGUGAUAAGCUUAUUGAACAGCGAUUCAAGGAGAUCGAGGCCGGGACGAACGUGCGAUUUGACCUGUUACAGACUUUCAUCGAGGCCCGUGACGAAGACGGCAAGCCCCUAGACCUGGACUACAUCAAAGCCGAGAUCCUCCUCGUGCUCCUCGCCGGCGCCGACACCACCGGGACCGCCUUCCAGGCCAUGAUGGCCUACAUCCUCUCCAACCCGGACGUCUACGCCAAGCUGAUGGCGGAGGUGGACGCCGCCACCGAGGCCGGCAGCAUCAGCCCCCGCGGCAGCAUCCCCUCGUACGAGGACAUCCUCGCCCACUGCCCUUACUACCUGGCCUGCCUGCGCGAGGCGAUGCGCCUGACCCCCUCGGCCCCCAACAUCUUCCCGCGCGUCGCCGGCCCCGGCGGCGUCAACCUCGGCGGCGACAGGUUCGUCCCCGAGGGCACCGAGAUCACCUGCAACCCCUGGCUCGUGCACCGCGACGGGAACCUCUACGGCGGCGACGCGGGCGAGUUCCGGCCCGAGAGGUGGCUGGAGGACCCGGAGAGGACCAAGGAGUUCCUCAAGUACAACAUGGCGUUUGGGUACGGCCCCCGCGUGUGCCUCGGCAGGGAGAUUGCCAACAUGGAGCUGUAUAAGGCGCCGCUGCAGUUCUUUAGGACUUAUAGGCCUGAGAUUGCGAACAAGGAGGUCCCGGGGCGGUAUGUGAUCAAGGGUGGCGUCAGCUACUUUGAGGAUAUGUGGCUUAGCAUCACCAAGAGGGCUGCUGUCAAGGCUUGAGCGUGCUUGGCUCGGAAUUGUGCGUACAUGUAUAUAUAAGAGGGUCGGUCUACACAUAUGGGUCAUUUGAUUUGAAUCUUGAAUCAUCACAGCAGAAUCCCUGGGGCAAUUCAUCCACGAUACGUUUUCCGCUUGAGGGUCUCAUCAUCUGUGUUGAGCACAAGGGGUUUCAUUCGUUGAUCUGGGCUGGGACGGCCAAGGUCUCGAGCAAAAAGCAUGCCAGAUCCCCCAACAUUUCAGGA